ACCGCCGGGGAGGGGGACCGGAGAGCCGCGCCUGCCGCGCGGCGCGCCCCUUCCCGCCCCCUGCACCAUGAGCUGGGGCACCGAGCUUUGGGACCAAUUUGACAACUUAGAAAAACACACACAGUGGGGAAUUGACAUUCUUGAGAAAUACAUCAAAUUUGUAAAGGAAAGGACAGAGAUUGAACUCAGCUAUGCAAAGCAGCUCAGGAACCUCGCAAAGAAAUACCAACCUAAAAAGAACUCGAAGGAGGAAGAAGAAUACAGGUAUACGGCUUGUAAAGCCUUCCUUUCCACCCUGAACGAAAUGAAUGAUUACGCUGGGCAGCAUGAAGUUAUCUCCGAGAACAUGACCUCGAACAUCACUGUGGAGUUAGCCCGCUACGUCCAGGAUCUGAAGCAAGAGAGGAAAUCGUACUUUCACGAUGGGCGGAAGGCACAACAGCACAUAGAGAUCUGCUGGAAACAACUCGAAUCAAGUAAAAGACGCUUUGAACGUGACUGCAAAGAGGCGGACAGGGCGCAGCAGUACUUCGAGAAGAUGGACGCUGACAUCAAUGUCACCAAAGCAGAUGUGGAAAAGGCGCGACAGCAAGCUCAAGUACGUCACCAGAUGGCGGAGGACAGCAAAGCUGAUUACUCAACCAUCCUCCAGAAGUUCAACCACGAGCAGCACGAGUAUUACCAUACUCACAUCCCCAACAUAUUUCAGAAAAUACAGGAGAUGGAGGAGAGGAGGAUAGUAAGGAUUGGGGAGUCGAUGAAGACGUACGCGGAGGUCGAUCGGCAGGUGAUCCCAAUCAUUGGGAAGUGCCUGGAUGAAAUCGUGAAGGCAGCGGAGUCCAUCGAUCAGAAGAACGAUUCCCAACUGGUAAUAGAAGCUUAUAAGUCCGGGUUUGAGCCUCCCGGGGACAUCGAAUUUGAGGAUUACACCCAGCCGAUGAAACGCACUGUGUCGGAUAACAGCCUCUCGAAUUCCCGAGGAGAAGGCAAACCAGAGCUCAAGUUUGGUGGUAAAUCCAAAGGAAAGCUAUGGCCCUUCAUCAAAAAAAAUAAGCUUAUGUCCCUUUUAACAUCCCCCCAUCAGCCUCCCCCUCCCCCCCCUGCCUCUGCCUCACCCUCUGCUGUUCCCAACGGCCCCCAGUCUCCCAAGCAGCAAAAGGAACCCCUCUCCCAUCGCUUCAACGAGUUCAUGACCUCCAAACCCAAAAUCCACUGCUUCAGGAGCCUAAAGCGUGGGCUUUCUCUCAAGCUGGGUGCCACGCCUGAGGAUUUCAGCAACCUCCCGCCCGAGCAGAGAAGGAAGAAGCUGCAGCAGAAAGUCGAUGAAUUAAAUAAAGAAAUUCAGAAGGAGAUGGAUCAGAGAGAUGCCAUCACAAAAAUGAAAGAUGUUUACCUAAAGAAUCCUCAGAUGGGAGACCCAGCCAGUUUGGAUCAUAAAUUAACCGAAGUGAGCCAAAAUAUAGAAAAACUGCGACUAGAAGCCCAGAAAUUUGAGGCCUGGCUGGCAGAGGUGGAGGGUAGGCUGCCGGCACGCAGCGAGCAGGCCCGCCGGCAGAGUGGAAUGUUCGACGCCCAGAACCCGGCCACGGUCAACAGCUGCGCCCAGGACCGCGAGAGCCCGGAUGGCAGUUACACGGAGGAGCAGAGUCAGGAGGGUGAGGGGAAGGUGCUGGCCACGGACUUCGACGACGAGUUUGACGAGGAGGAGCCCCUGCCCGCCAUCGGGACCUGCAAAGCCCUCUACACGUUCGAAGGUCAGAAUGAAGGGACCAUCUCCGUAGUUGAAGGAGAAACGCUGUACGUGAUCGAGGAAGACAAAGGCGACGGGUGGACCCGCAUUCGGAGAAACGAAGACGAAGAGGGUUAUGUCCCCACUUCGUACGUCGAAGUCUAUUUGGACAAAAAUGCCAAAGAUCCCUAGAGGCGGUUGCAGGAGCCAGAGCCUCGGUGAGCCUUCCCCGGAGAAACCCUUCGGUCUGCUUGUCUCCACAGGCCUGGGCGCCCGCGCGUGUAGACGGCUCCUGGGCUGGGCCGGCCCGCGGUCCCCUCUGUCGUCACGGCCUGAAGCCACAUCCUCUCCCCACCUGCCACGCGGCUGCUUUGCCUUUUCCUUUCUAUACUCCCGACAGCAUGCUUCUCGUGGCUCGUCUCCCCCCAUGGCCCCAUCUGGCCACCUCUCCGGGGGCAGGUCUGUCCCUGUCCCCAUCCCCAUCCCCCUCCACCCGACAUGGGGCCACAGAAGGCAGCUAGACACGUGUUCCCUCCUUCCCGGGCCCCUGCCUUGGCCCUCAGUCUACCUGGCGCAUCCUGGCCCGUCCAUGGUUCACACUGUGCCUUUCGUGAAAACUUCACCACCGGUCUCCCCCCUCCCCCGGGGAGACUAACAGAAUCUGGACAAGGAGGGUCAGGCGUGCGCCGGGCAGACUGAGCGCCCGAAUGUCACGGGUGGGGUCCCGGGUCCCGAGUCCCUUCGGUGGUCCUUUUCUGGCUAGGGGUCCUCGCCUCAUACUAACCAUCAGCUCUUGCAACAUUUCCUGGCCUGAGAGUGUCCGUGGGGAACACGCAGGUGCUCACACGCAGGCACACAGCCCCCUCUGUGGUGUGCACGCUUACACACACACACACACACACACGUUUUGAUUUGGGGCCUGUGCUCCGUGGCCUGGAAAGGUCCACACUGGAAGUCAAAUUCCAUCUCUUGAGGGCCACACGCAGAGGCUUGUGUCCACCUGCCAUGGAGUGAGGGAAGGUCCCAGCCCACCGUCUCCCCGCCAUUGCCCUGGGAGCGGGGGCCGCCGGGCGAGGCACACGGCGGAGCCAGAGGCUCACCUGGGCGCUAGCUCGUUGCAAAGUGAGAAUUCCCGAGAUUCCCAUCGUAGGAUUCUAGCACUUUCCGCACCAAAGACCCCGUGCUGCUGGCGGUCCUUCAGGUGACCCUGCGGCUUCUCCAUGUUCUCACGUGCUCCGCGGGCCACGGAGACUGGAUUGAGCUGGCUUUUUGAGCGAAGUCCCUUCCUCUUAUGGAUCCUUGAGGAAAACGUGAGACCACGUAGCCCGUGGCCAGGCGUGCCGGAGCUUCCCGUCUCUGGUGCCGACACGGUCGGUCAGACGGCACUGGCUGCGAGUUUCUGUGAAUGAGAACCAUCCGAAGCCCAAGAAGGAAAUCGGGCCUCUGUCUUGUCUCGUGUGGCUGUUGGUACCCGGGUGGUCGCCUCGAACAUCCUUAAUUCUCCUCGACAUUUAUGAAUCUAAGACAAGGAUGUCUUACGGGAGCCGAAGGGACAGGGACAGAAAGGACUGGUGCUAAGGGAUGGGCCUGUGUUCAGCGGCCACAAAAGGGUUCCUCUCAGCAAACCAGGGUUGACCACGACUGCACACCUGCUUCCGAGAGCAGCUCGGUGACGAGAAGCCUCCAGCAGGCAGAUGUCUGGGGUAAGGAGGUGACGAGGAGGUGGCUCCGGGUUUAAAGGCGAGCGAGCGAGCUUGAGCGCGCUCCCCUCUUCUGUCUUUCUGUCUGCGUCUCUGUCUCUCGCCCUGAAGGGGGUAAACCCUUCAGCGGAAGACCAGCCGCCCACCUGCCCAAGCGGCUCGGGGCUGCUGUGUCGGCAGCGCGCCUCCCCUCCCCACGGCGGCUGCCCACCUCCCCUGCAGCGAGGUCUAGCGCCUCGUGAGAGGGCUGCUCGGCAGACGCCCGUGUCCCUGCAAACCUGCAGGUGUGUGGUUAGGACCGGCCGGCCCAGCGGCUCCACGGAGGGCUUCUCCGCCAGCCGGGGUGGUGGGCAGGGAGUGGGUAUCUCCGCGAACUCCCGGAUCUCCCCAGGCCAAGUGGACCGCUCUCCACUCCGCAAGGAUGCUAAAUGGUUUUUUAAAUCGAUUUUCAGGCCUCGGGAAUGCAUGUGCAUUGCAUCGUUCAUACUCUGGGGUCAGGAUAGAUUAAUUUCUCGCAACAUAGGGAAAAUGGUAUAAGCUACAGUGAUUUUGUUCUUUUAGUGUCUGCUAAGCCCAGUAUAGACUAUGCUCGUAUCUUGUAACCCCUGCGCCUUUUUGUUUUGGUUUGUUUUUCCUUCUGUACCGCCUGCGUCCAACAAGGAACGGGUCAUAGGUGCUUCUCCGUGUUAGCCUUGGUGUUCUUCCGGCAGGUCCGUGUGGCCGUGUGGGAAGGGGGGGCCCUGCAAACCCGAGCUCGUUCAAGGAGAUGAGUUGUUAGAGGGUAGUUGAGGUGUCUUCUCUGCUCUGGGGAUCCUCCUGGGAAAUUCGUCUAGAGGACUAUGGACCAGUUCCCGUAGAGUAGGGGAGCUUCGCCAUCUGCUUCUCGGGGGGAUCCCCCUGCCUCCCCCCUUGGCCUGUCACUUCUCCCCAGUGCUAGAACAGUGUUAUUGUAAGAAUGACUGAGUUUUAAGACACCUGCCCUGAACGUGACCUAAAAACAUGAAAGGGAGGAACUUGUCAUUCACCCUGUUUUUCCUUUGCAAGAUAAAAAGGCAUGGAAAGCGGUCAUGGGAUUUUCCUUUGGGUCUUUCGCGCGCUCCCCUCGGAAGCUUCCAGGCUGUGAGGCUCAGGCCGGAUAAGCUGUAGCUUAUCUCGAGGGUGGUAGCCCAGGGCCCCCGCUUAGGCGUUCUGGUGACAUUUGUAAUUACAGGAGAGAGUUCGCUGAACGUGGAAAAGGGACAUGGAUGCUGAGUAUUUUUCCAGAAAUCUUAGUUUCAUACUUCCUCAUGCCUCUGCCUCCCUGCGCGUGUGCCGUCAAAACACUUCUUUAAAAGAGCGAUCCAAAAUUCUAUUUUAACCUGAUGUUGAGCACCUUUAAACGUUUUGGUUUAUUUGUGUGUGUGGCACUAAUUCUAAACUUUGGAGGCAUUUCAGUGUUGUAACGGCCCCCUGCCAUUGUGAAGGUUCUGGAGUUGCCCGUUUGUCUCUGGAGAUGGAAUUAAACCAAAUAAAGUGCUUCCAUUGGAAGGCUUAUAUUGACCUUGUAACUAUAUGUUAAUCUUCUAAACGUUAAAUAAAAGUAUAACCUCUG